AUGCCGUUGGAGAGUGGAGAAGGGAGGAGGAGGGCGGCGGUGGCGGCGGCGGCGGCGGUGGCGGAGAAAGGUGGCGAGAAGUGUCCACGUUGCGAGUCACGUGACACGAAGUUUUGUUACUAUAAUAACUAUAACACGGCGCAGCCACGGCACUUCUGCAGGGCUUGCCGGCGAUAUUGGACGCUCGGCGGCGCUUUGAGGAACGUGCCCAUUGGAGGGUCGUCGAGGAAGAGGCCACGUCAUGUCAUGGCGGCUUUGAAGCCGGCUACGGCGGCGGCUAGAGGGGUUUGCAUGGCGGGGUUUGAGAUGGGAGGGAGGAGUGGAGGGUUUGGGAGUUGGCUCGCCGGAGCUCAGCCGUUGAUGGCGUUGGAGGAGUUGGGGCUUGGGUUGGGGUUGGGGUGUGGAGGGAGAGUGGAGGGGAAUGCGCCGGUGGGGAUGGAGGAGGAGCUAGGGUUUGGGUUUGGGACGAGCUCGGGGUUUGGAUGGGCGGGGACGAUGGUGGAGAAUGAUGGUGGGGACACGUGGCGAGUUAGUGGUGGUGGGAGUGAGUGUUUUGCUGUUCAGACACUUGCUGCUGGUGGGAGUGUGGGAGGUGGUGCUUGUUGGGCUGGGCCUGCUGAUGCCAAAAGUGGGCCUCGUGUUGGGUUGUAA